GGGUUUCCGCUUCCGGCGGCGGAUUGUUGACGCCUGCUGCUGCUGUGGUGGCGACCGAGCGUUUGCGGAGGUGCUGCCAAGGGAGGGCGACGGCGCAGUGACAGGCAGCGCGGAGGGUGCCUCCGAGGCGACGAUGGCAGAAGGGCCCGAGGACGCCCGGAGCCGCCCUCCCGGGCCGGACGGCGGCAGCAGGGACCACGAGCCGGUCCCUUCCGGGCCAGACUCUGCCACGGCCGUCCCCGGGACCCCGGCCCUCGCGACCGUCCCCGAGCCGGAGCUGCCGCGCGAGCUCCGGAAACGCCGGGAGACGGGCACCGAGCCACAGGAACCGGGAGGCUGCGAGGCGUCGGACGGGCCGGGGCGGCUGAGCGCUCGCGAGUACUCGCGGCAGGUGCACGAAUGGCUCUGGCAAUCCUACUGUGGCUACCUCACCUGGCACAGCGGCCUGGCGGCCCUCCCCGCUUACUGCGGCCCGCCGCCCGCCGCCCCGCAGCCCGCAGCCCCGCCGCCGCCCCCACCGCCGCCGCCGCCGCCCCAGCUCGCAUACUACAACCCCUUCUACUUCCUGAGCGCCGCGGGGCCCGGGCCGGGGGCGGCCACGGGCGGCGCCACCCCGACAGUCGUCGCGGGCCUGACGCCCAGGGCCCCGCAUGUGCAGGCGUCCGGCCGGGCGGCCCCUGUGACCAGGGUGAGCUCUGCAGCCCCUGCUCGGACGGCGAGCGACACCGGGCGGCAGGCAGGCAGAGAGUGUGUCAUUCCAUCCCUGGCACACAGGUUUAUGGCAGAGAUGGUGGAUUUCUUUAUUCUCUUCUUUAUAAAAGCAACAAUUGUUUUGAGCAUCAUGCAUCUCAGUGGAAUAAAGGACAUCUCUAAGUUUGCUAUGCACUAUAUAAUAGAAGAAAUCGAUGAAGAUACAUCAAUGGAAGACCUGCAGAAAAUGAUGAUUGUGGCACUUAUAUAUAGGUUGUUAGUUUGUUUCUAUGAGAUAAUUUGCAUUUGGGGAGCUGGGGGAGCUACCCCAGGAAAGUUCCUGUUAGGGCUUCGAGUUGUGACAUGUGAUACAUCGGUACUCAUUGCUCCAAGUCGGGUUUUAGUGAUUCCUUCCUCAAAUGUUAGCAUCACAACGUCCACCAUACGAGCUUUGAUCAAGAAUUUUUCUAUUGCUUCUUUUUUCCCUGCUUUCAUCACACUGCUGUUUUUUCAGCAUAAUCGAACAGCCUAUGACAUUGUAGCAGGAACCAUUGUGGUAAAAAGAAACGGGGUCAGAUGAUGCCUCAGAGCCCAGAAUUCCACUCUUUGGAAUAAUGACAAGACUAAAUUAUGUAUCAAGGCCAUCAGUAUCUCUGCUACAUUAAUUGAUUUAAAAAUUAAAGCAGUCACUCUGGUAUGAUGCAGGGGACUGUUCUGAAAGUGUUGACUGUACUUAAAUGUCAAGGAACUUUUCCAGAAGGAAAAACUAUUAAACUAUUAAAUUCAAGUGUUAAAUAUUUGUAAGACAACAAAGUAAAUAGUUUCAUAAUCAAUAUAGACCAAUACAUACUUUAACAUUUAAGAUAACCAAAAUUUGCUGGAAGCAUUUUCAGCUUUAAACUGCCCAAAUUAAAGCUUAUCCUAGAGAGAUUGAAAGAUACCCAAUUGUGUUUUAUAAACACCUACAGAACUAAAGUUGUUCUUUGUGGCCACUGAGAAAGAGCAUCAACAAUCCAUGUCAGGUAAUUGGGAGAAAAGGGCUAGUGAGGAAGGCCUUAGCAAUCCCCCUCACCCUGUUGCUUCCGGGAUAUCCUAGAGUUCACUGCAGUUAUGGUGGAGUUUUGGAGGCAAGAUCUUCAUGAUGAUGAAAAUGUAUUGAGUCAUAUCAUUGAUAUUUUAAAAAGGUAAGUUAGUGAUUGCCUUUUGGUGGGGUGGGGUGGGGAGGCGCUGGGGGUGUGAAUUUUCAGUGUAAAUUCAGCUUAGAACUCAUGUGCCCUAAAAUCAAAUUAUAAAUACGUGAGGGAAAUGCUCACCAAACAUUCCCAGUGUUCUGAAUGUACCUGUAGAUUAUAUUUAUGUACAGCAGACUCCUAAGGCACUUCUAUAUUCUAUACAGUUUCAUAACUGUCAAAGCAUCAAGGUGUUAAAAAGAGUCUUAGUAUUUUGUGAAUCAUUAUGAAUUAUUCUCUCUAAAGCAAAGCAGAGUAUCGUCUCUGGACAUUAUUCUAGGUUCUUUAAGCUCAUUUUGGCUCUAUUAAGAGAUGAAAUUUGGGGAGAGAUGUUAAAGCAAACU